AUGUUAGAGCACAUGUCACGGCGCUCCCGUUCUCUCCUCUCCCUCUCCCUGACCUCCCUGGCCUUGGCCCUGUCUGUCUUAGCGUUCUGCACCUCCUACUGGUGUGAAGGCAUGCACAAGGUGGUCAAGCCACUCUGCCUGUCUCCCGUCAAGAUGAAGAACUGCGGGCAGAACAACAGCCAGCCUUACACCACAGAGAGUCCCACGGUGGACCCCAGGAAACCCCCGUCGAACGUGACCCUGUCUCCGAAGCAGAAGGAGGAGCUGGCCAGGAUCAGGCAGAAGAAACUGGCCAAUGCUGUGCACUACAUCUGGGAGACAGGAGAGGACAAGUACAUGCUUCGUUACUUCCACACUGGCUUCUGGCUCUCCUGUGAGAAACACAACGAUGGAGUGGGAGAGAAGUGUCGAAGCUUUAUUGAGCUGACUCCUGGAGAAACUCAGGGAGUCCUGUGGCUGUCUGUGAUAUCGGAGUUUGCCUACAUUAGCCUGCUGGCCAUGGGGUUCCUGCUGAUGUGGGUGGAGAUGCUUUUUCUGUGUUUGAACAGAGAGAUGUUUGCACUCAAGGUCAACGCAUUCGCUGCCAUCUGCACCGUCCUGUCUGGCAUGAUGGGAAUGGUAGCCCAUAUGAUGUACACCACGGUGUUUCAGAUGACCGUCAGCAUCGGCCCAAAGGACUGGAGACCCCAGACCUGGGACUACGGCUGGUCAUUUGCGAUGGCCUGGAUCUCUUUCAGCUGUUGCAUGGCGGCAGCGGUCUUCACGCUGAACUCCUACACUAAGACACUGAUCGAGAUGAAGCACCGCGCCCGCAUACGCCUGGAGGAGGCCCGCGCCGCAAGCCACGCCCCUCCCUACGACGAGGUCAUCACAGCGGGCGGGGCCAGCGUCUACUCGGUCAGCCAGUUGCUCCAGCACUGCCAGCAGGGCACGCUGAUGGAUGCUAUGUGGCCUCAGGGGGCGGAGGGUUCGGUGGGCGGGGCGGUGGUGGCUGGGGUGGAUCCCCAUGAACUGGUGCUGGUGGGUGGAUGUGGAACGGAGGGAUGUGAGGACUGUGAAAGAGAGAUGGAUGAGAUGGAGGACGCGCUGGAGAGAGAGGAGAGAGAGGGGGAUGAUGCCAUGUGCUGA